CCCCUUCCCUCCCUCAAAUUUUCUCGGGAAAGAAAACGCAAGAAAAUUAAAACAGAAAAUUCACUUUUCCAGUUAAACCCCCAGAAACGGUUUUCGCAUCCCGCCCAGCUUUCCUCUUGUCUAUCUCUCUUUCCCUCUUCAAAAACUGUGGCCUAAACGUACAACCCCUCUCUCUUUCCAUAAAUAUCUAGGGUUUUCUUAAAUACCUGUUGUCUUUAUGUCAGUCUAAUCUUAAUUCUCCAAUUGUAAUUCCAUACCCUAGAAUUGUGAGCCGACGAAUGGAGGAAGGGACUAGUGGCGGUGGAGGGGAAUCGUCGUCGAGAUUAACGCCGUCGUAUGUGAAAUUAGGUGACAGGCAAAUAUUCACGGUGGAGCUUCGACCCGGAGAGACGACAUUCGUAUCAUGGAAAAAGCUCAUGAAAGACGCAAACAAGGUCAAUAGUGGAUCCGCACCAGCCUCAGACCCGCCUCCUGCCAACGCUCAUCCCAACCUUGAGUCUCGCCUCGCCCCCGGACAACCAGCUGAAAAUGAAGAUAAGGAUGCGCCUGCUCCAAGUCGUUUCAGUGCUGUAAUUGAGAAGAUUGAACGUCUUUACAUGGGCAAGGAUAGCAGUGAUGAGGAAGAUCUAAAGGAUAUCCCUGAUGAUGAUCAGUAUGAUACGGAUGACUCCUUUAUUGAUGAUGCUGAGCUGGAUGAGUAUUUCGAAGUGGAUAAUUCAGCAAUAAAACACAAUGGAUUCUUUGUUAACAGGGGAAAGUUGGAACGCAUAAAUGAACCUACUGUUAUACCUAAUCAGCAAGCAAAGAAAAGACGAAGAAAAGAUUUAACUAAGGCUCCUGGUGAGGGUGAUGAUCGUAUAUCAAAUAAACAUGUUAAGCUUGGUAAGUCAGCAGCUGGGAAGACUGCAGUGCUGGUCGGAAAGAACUCUUCUAAUCCUUCUCAAAGCUUGGUUGUGACAAAUGAACGCUAUGAGGAAGUGAAAACUCCAAAUGUACUCUAUGCAUCUGGAAUUUCUGCAAAGAAGAAAUCUGCUGAAACUAAAAUAAAUUUGGAUCCUUCAUCGUCUGUAAAAGUUUCAAAUGGCGAUGUUUCUGUUUCUCUAGCAGAGGCCAAGGAUGUUGAAAAGCCAAAGACUGGAGGUUUCCAAGGGAAGAAUGUGACCAAGUCAAAAGAUACAAGUGGAUCCUUGGAUGUCUCACAUCAGAAAUAUCAUGAUAAAAGUGCUUACCCACAAUCCAAGUUGCAAGCAAAAUCGAUAACCAGUGGUAAUGAAAUUGAACCAUCAGUACGGUCAAGAGAAAAGAAUGGUGUCCGUGAGCUGCCUGACCUUAAUAUGCCAGAUGGCAAGACUUCCAUGCAAGUAACUAAACCUUCGCAUGUCCAUAGAAAGGAUGGUUCUAGUGUUAGGUCCAAGAGUUCAAUGCUGGAAAAUGCCAUCAGGGAAUUGGAGAGGAUGGUUGCUGAAUCAAGGCCGCCGGCUUUGGAAAAUCAAGAGGGAGAUGCCUCAUCACAGACAAUUAAGAGGAGAUUGCCUAGAGAAAUAAAGCUAAAGCUUGCUAAAGUUGCUAGACUGGCAGCGCAGGCAAGCCAGGGGAAAGUAUCAAAGGAGUUAAUCAAUCGCCUUAUGAGCAUUCUUGGUCACUUAAUACAGCUCAGAACACUCAAGGUAAGAACUUAAAAGGUAAUGAUCUGCAUUGGGCGCAUAGUCAGCAAAAGAAGAGAGAAAGAUGAAGGGUCUCCAACAAAUAAAGAUAAUAAGAUCUUGCCUGGAUAUUAAAAGAACACAUGUCCCAGUUUGGAGUCACAAGGUGCAUUGGAGCAACAAGCUGGAGCCUCCGACGAUUUUCAAGAAAAUGUUUCACAGGAAAAAGGAUCCCUAAAAAGAAAAUUUAGCAUGGAUGCUGUGUUGGAGGACAAAAUUUGUGAUCUCUAUGACCUUUUUGUUGAUGGACUGGAUGAUGAUGCUGGGCCACAAGUCAGAAAGUUAUAUCUAGAGCUUGCAGAAUUGUGGCCAAGUGGUUUCAUGGACAACCAUGGGAUCAAGCGAGCAAUCUGUAGGGCGAAAGAGAGACGAAGGGCAUUGUACAACAGACAUAAGGAUGAGGAAAAAAUUAAGAGAAAAAAGAUGCUGGCACCUAGAUUGGAUGAGACUGCUCGAGCUGAGGCUGGUUCUGUUGCUCAGCAACAGUAUAUGCGAGAGAGGCUGCCUGCUGAGACAGUUGGUCCGGUCUUAGCUCUAGCUAGCAAGUCGAUACCCAGUUCAGCAACAACAGCUGUUCGGGUACCAAGUCCUUCAAGGAAUGCACCAAAUGUGGAAAGGCUGAAACAAGAUAAGCCAAAAGGAAGCUCAAGCAAUCCCAUGGAUGAGGCAAAAAUAGGACUAGAUGGUGCCUUAGUAAAGAAAAAGGUAAAGAGGAGAUCAGAGCAAGAGUUGGAUGAAACCCAUUUCCGUUCUGAGAAGUUGCAUAACCAAUCUAGUGAAGAAAGACAGAAGUCCGUUAAGCAGGUAUCAUCUCUUCCUCAGAAGUUAAACCUUCAGUUGAAUACUCCUUCAAGUUUUGAACAGUCUAGCUGACUUCAUAUAGUCGACUGAGGGUAGGAAAUUUAUACCAUAGAAGUAAUUGUGUAACAAAGUCUUCCUUUUCUUUUCUUUUAUUUUCUCCUUAGGAGGCUUUAUUAAUUCUGACUGGCUGAUUGCUACCAUUUUUGUAAUUAAGUGUUGGAUGGUGCGUUGUCCAAUAGAGUUUCGUCUUUGGAAUAGGAGAUGGCAGAAUGCUGUAUUUCUCUUCUUCGAUUAAUGCAUUUGCUUUGACGUGUAUCUUUGCAA